GUCAGAGCUCCGCCUGGAAGCUGGUCGAGCGCGUGACAGCCGAGGAAACCCGAGAGCUCCCACUCACUCACAGUACUGACCUGACGACCGGGGAGCUGCGCGUGCUGUUUCAGCGGGGGGGUUUAUCUGGGAAGUUGACGUGAUGGAGACCAGACAACAAGGUGAGUUUGAGUCUGUUCGUGAUUAAAAAAAGAGAGACUUAUUUAACAUUAAAACUGCAGGUAAAGGCGCGCGCUCUCUCUCUGCUCCGGUUGGUUGUUGAUCUGAUAAUGAGCUGAACCUGACUGACCACACACGUCACAGCCGUGAGGCUCGAGGACAGGAAAACUUAAUUAAUCAGAAACAUAUGUAGUCGAAGUCAUUUCAGGUACAUAAUAAGAUGUAUCACAGGUGUGUGCCUUCUUGAGCAGAGUGUCGAACUUUAUUAUUAUUAUUAUUAUUAUUAUUUUUGUUGUUGUUAUUAAUAUAACCUUAAUAGGCAGCACAUACAGUUUCAAUACAUAAUCAUAUUAAUCAUACAGAGUACAAAGAAUAUAAGUAGUAUCCCUUUAAUAGAUGAAACCACAAAUUAUGGCCAGAAAAUUUAUUUUUUUUGGAGCUGAAAUGUUUAUUUUACCUACUACUGAAAAAUCAAAAUGUCCUUAAAAUUUAACAAAUAUAUUUAUUCAUCUUGUUUGAUACAUUAGAUGUUAUUGGAAACUGAUAAACUACAAGAGGAAAUUUUUAUCAUUUAUUGGACUGAAUUCAGGUGAUUUUUAGGAAUUUGUCGAUCGGAUUGAUUUGAUAGAAGUAUAUAAAAGUAUGUAUCAAAUAUGAUAUAAAAGGCAGUAAAAGGAUAAUUAAAUUUUCAAAAUUAGUUAAAAGAAUUUACAAGAUUAGUCAAACAUUUGCACUCCUGACGCCUGGAUGUAGUGGAAUUUAUCACAGAUCUAAAAACAUUCAGAGACUUUGGAGUUUCAGGUCUGAUUGAAAGAUGUUCCAGUUAAUCUAAAAGCUUUCUUCCCCAUUUCUGUUCUCACCUUAGGAACAGUAAAAUGAUAAAAAAAAGUCCUGGGAGCGGAGACUGAAAGCCCUACUAUUCAAGAUUAAAAGGGAUGAAAAUAAGAGUCAAUUGAAGAAUUUUUGGGUGUUUUUCCUCAAACCUGCUGUUUUUUUGAAAUUGAACCAGUGUGCAGAUGUGGAGCCUCGUGCACGUGGCAGGUGUAGCCUACUGUAGGUUUGAGUUAUUGUUUAUUUAAGACAUCAGCAGAGCCGCAGACUGAGCUGCAGGAUACAGUUUCCUGAAUGGUGCAGAAAUCCUCCUCCACUAUUGUUUUGAAAAGAGGCUUUACGUAGGAGUAAGUCUUUUCAUUGAGAGAUACGUGGGCCUCGCUGUGUUCCCUCCUGGUUAAAGUUUUACCUUUAAACCUUCAAAUCCACCCUACACGCUGUUGUGUAUGCCACAGGGUUCAACUCAGUGAGUCUAUUUCCCCUCUUAGGUUGUUCACAGACUCCCACAUCAGUGCACCGAGCUGCAUGAAGGUGUUUUUUGUUCAUACCGGUGGUUAAUGACAUUCCUCUGCAUUCCAGGUCUGAAUGUUUACCUUUGCUUAACUGAGGGUCAGCUGCUCUUUUUCCAUGCAACUGGAAAAGCAUGAUAAUCGACACUAAUGUUUGGAAAACGUGCUCUGAAAGGUUUCUAAUCUGUUUAAUUUGACGUUCAAAAAACACAUUUAACUUUGAGUUGAACUUUAAAACUAAAAAAAGAAAAAAGUUCAAACACAGGAUGAAUCUGCGUUUGCUGUUUGGGAGUAUUGCGGGAGACUCGGCCUGAAGAAAAACUUCAAUUGAUUUUUCGGCCAUAUGACUAUCCCCGGGCCUCUGAUUUAGCAUAGCCACAUGACCAGUAGGCCAAAUGGGAGUCUUGUGACCUGAGGUAUUCAACCAUGGGCCAAAUAGUAAGAGGAGAGACAUAGAGAAGGAAGAGUAAAGAACAGUGUGAAGAUGCAACUGGACAAAAACUUUACUGUGUAUUGAACAUACUCUUCCUCCUCUAGAGAAUGUCAUAAUGGGAUUUCAUCUUGGGUUUGCACAAUAACUUUAGAUGUUGUGGCCUAAUUGUGUUAAAGAACUGCAAAAGAUCAAAUGCUGCUUUUCAGCACUGUUUAUGAAUGGGAAAAUCUGGUAAAUCCUGUUUUAACAGCUUAAAGGGAUAUUCCAGCGUAAAAUUAAAUUAGGGUCAAAAACAUCAUAACACCAAGUUAGACACCCCCUCAAGAGAUGAAUGUUGCCGACCACUUGCUUCUCUAGUUAUACCAAUUUUAGUAAAGACCGCAGGAUAGUAAUACACAACGGUCUGAGGAGCCAUAAACAAACCUCAACCAAAACGCCACUCUAUAGCCACAAAUAAUGCUCAGAACAGCACCUAACUUCAUCAACAGGACAUAUAGGGUCACAGACAUAGUACUAGACACCAAACAUCUUUUUAGCUUUGCCUGAUUUCUUUAGCAAAGAGACUAAACACAAUCCAUCAAUCAACAGUUGUCAUCCCAAGACGCUUUCCAAAGAAAAAGAGCAGGCCUAGACCACACUCAUUGUUUAGAUGAAUUAUCAAGACCUAACCUAAGAUGGGAUUUGGCCGAUCUCAUCUAACAUGAGUGACAGUGGCAAAGAAAAACUUCCUUUUAACAGGCAGAAACCUUGGGUAGGACCAGACUCAUGCUAGACAGCCACCAGGCUGCUGCUGACUCACCUACUCACCUACUCUCUUCCAGUAGCCGCUGACCUCGGGCCAGUCCAUUACGGACUACAGCGGGGUGACACAGCUCAAGGAAGAACAUUUAUGAUCAUUACUUUAUCAUUUCCUCUAAGUAAUAAUCAUCAUAUUAAUGAUUUUCCUCUGCAGACGCGGUAGUUCUUCUGCUUUAGCGUCUCGGUCUGAUUGCAUGUCCAUGACGAAAUGAUCAAGAAAUGUUCUUCCUUGAGCUGCGAAACUCCGCUGCACUCUGUGAUCAACUCGUCAGGGCUCCCGCACAAACAAGCGGCUGCUGGAAGAGAGUAGGUGAGUUGUGUUUAGUCUCUUUGCGAAAGAAAUUAGUCAAAGUUAAAAGAUGUUUUGUGGCUAGUGCUAUGUCUGGGACCCUAUAUGUCCUGUUCAUGAAGUUAGGUGCUGUUCUGAGCAUUAUUUGUGGCUAUAGAGUGGCGUUUUGGUUGAGUGCCUGGCUCUCUGUAUUGCUAUCCUGCGGUCGUUACUAAAGUUGGUAUAACUAGAGAAGCAAGCAGUCGGCAACAUUCAUCUCUGGAGGUGGGGUCUAACUCGGUGAUACGGUAUAUUUGACCCUAACUUAAUUUUACGCCGGAAUAUCCCUUUAAAGAAUUCAUGACCGCGCCACAAAGAGUUAAAACCUCUGACUUCUUGUUCCCGAUCACAAAACAUGCCUCAGCUACUGUCCAAACUGGGCUGGACUCUCAAGUGUGUGUGAGUGUUUGUGUGUAAAUAACCAGUUUUCUUGUCUCCUCCUCUUGCCCUGCUGCCUUGCUCCGCUGCAGAAUUGUACUCUAGUGUUCUGAGUGAAGCAGUGGUGGACUGGGGCAGCAUGGGUCCCGGAGAGGAAUGGGUUAACUCAUCCACACAAGAGGGGGAGCAGGGUAAGACUCGACUCUCCCAGAGAUGAAAAAACAGAAACCUAAAUCUGCACAAUUAGAGGAAGUGACGCCAUCUUGGUUUUGGGGAAGCCUGGAUACUUUAGAUUAACUGUUUGCGAUGGAGGGAAGUCAUUUCGUUAUAUGGUCCAAUAAGAUAUAUUAAUAAACUUUAACUUUGUUCAGGUUUAAAUGAAGGUUUGUUUUCCCGGGUCGGCAAAGAGUCGCUAAAAAGUGAAUCCGACGGCGAAGACUCGGUGUCGGUGGCCCAAAAUGGGAAAUAUGAGGAAGAAAUCCGUGAAAGUUCCCCGGUGGAUGAUCCCUGUGAUUACACCUCAAAGUCCCAGUCUGACAGCUGGGUCAUGUCCACCACAUGGGACAUGCAGCUGGACCGGAGAGGUGAAGAUAGAUCUAGACUAGACUAGACUGGUAGAGAAGUAGACCCGCUGCCACCGUAGUUGAACAUGAACUCCUCUUAAUCUGUAGUCACCCCUGGUUUAGAGCUCCUGCUGAGGACACGCAAGUCAUCUGUUUGGUGUUUGAUCAGGUGAUCUCAGGUGAUAGCAAUUAAGAGACGCUAAAUCCACCAGGUCGAUUGGGGUAUCGUUAGACGUAUUUCUUUAGAAUUCAGAUUACUUCAAGGUCAAACGGUACUUAAGCAGAACGGGCUUUAGAGUGACGUGUGAUGGCGAGAGUAAAUAUCGAAAAGUUCAGGAUGAUCUGUAGAUGCUGGAGGACAUUAAGGAUGUAAAAUCAGACGUGACUGUGAUUUGUGCACUCGUGAACACAGAGAUGUUUUAAAAGCAUUUUAAAAUAAAGCUAUAAAGAUGUUAAAUGCACAUGUUAGAAUUAGGGGCGGGCGAUGAAAAGAUAAUGACAUAUAUUGAAAAUUAAUUCCCCUCAAUAUCGAUAUGAAACAUGGUCAAUAUGCUUUUCGGACUCUGGCGAAAAUCACCGCCAUUGCUGAUCAGAGCCAUUCCGGAUGCGGUGGAAAUCCCAGCUUAUUGUAUUGCAAAAGACAUGCUACCAAUAAGCACUCUUAAAUUUCAUUUUUUACAUCGUGAUAUAUCAUAUAGUGACAAACUUUUUCCCAUAUCGCCCAGCCCUAGUUAGAAUAUGAAUUUAGCAGACAGAGGUCGACCUCCUCCUGAGCAGUUUUGACACAGACAGUCACACCUCCACUCUAGUUUUUUUCUCAGGACCGUAUAGUCUCAGAUUUUAUUGAACUGAUUUCAUGCAGUGACUCGUGACUGAGAUGAUUAACAGACACGUUGUCAGAGGAUGGGAAAAAUGCCGCUGCGCCGUAUCAGUUCACAUGUCCUGGUCCCUGUAGGACUCGGGAUGAGUUUCUUGUUUUGGGUGUAAUAUUCCAGCUGCCCCCCCCCCUGUUUGCACUGAGUCAUUAUAGGAGUCUACCUGUUUGUUCCCUGCUGUGUGCCUGACUGGAAGCUGCCUUCCUGCUGCAUGUUGUGAUUUCAUGGCUUUGCUGUGGUUUUGUCUAGGACUGUAAAAUAAAGGUAGUUUCACCGUUUUCUUACAUGUGGAGUUCUUACUAACCUCUCUCUUUCCUUUAUUACGAACGCUUUAAGACAGAGGACGUCUCAGAGCAGGUACAGUAUGACAAUAUUUCCUGUUUCUUUUUCAGUCUCAAUUAAUCAAUCAGUCUCUCUACCCCAACCCAACCCCUCAUUCCCUCCCCAGAAUCUGAGCACAACAGAAACACGUAUUAAAAUGCAUUAACUUGAAAAGGGCUCGAUUUGACAGAAACAGGAAUGUGAGCACUGUGGAAACGCCACUUGAAAAAUAGGAAACGCUGGAGGUUUAGGUUAAACUCUAAAAUCAAGGUAACAUAAAAUGAAAUUUAAGAAAUAAUAAAUGAAAUUAAAUAAAAACAGCAGUGACAGAUACUAAAAUAAGAGCACCAAAGUAGCUCAAUAAAAGAUGAUCCUGCAUUAAAACUAGAAGAGAUAAAACACUUAAACAAAGUUAGUGAUAUAAAAUGUAGUUUAAAAGUUAAAAUUUAAUUAAAAGCAAGACUAAAAAGGUGUGUUUUGAGUUUGCCCUGAUGUAUCUCAGUGAUGUGCGUCACAGCUCUGUGUUUUGUUUGGAAGUCUUGAACAAUAUUACACUCAUGAAAUUGAACUUUUUAAAUCUGUUGUUUCAGAGUUUUUCCCUCCAUGUUUUGGUUCCUGUGACGUCUGACCACAAAGUCAUGUAUUUUUGUAAAAAAAACGGUUUUAUCUGUGUACCUGAAUUUAAUCCAUCAGUUUAAUUCUUUUGUAUUUUUCAUGCAUGUGUAAAUUGUUGCCCAGGUGAUGAAGCGUCUUUCUUACACUCACGCUCAGAUCAUUCAGUAGAUCUCAACAGCGUCUUAUUUGUUUGUGUGUGUGUGCAGAGUGCAGUUUGUAGUGAUCGUCUGCAGUGUUAAAGCAAGAUAAUCCAUGUCAGUAAAUCCAGAUUACAGCUCCGCAGCUCUGCAGACACAGAUUACAUAACUGUGAUACAGACCAACAGAUACAUGUGGAGUCAGAUGGAUAAAAUGUCAGGGGUACAUUUGCUAAUUUUUUAAAAAGUUUUAACAGACAUUGUGUGUUAAUUGUGUUUGUGUUUGUGUGUUAAUUGCAUUCAGGUUUUAUGGACUCGGAGCCCCUGAGGGAGGCCGAUGAAGAUCUGGUGUCUGAAGUCAACUUGAACAACUCGGUCAUGACCGAGGAGGAGAGAGAGGAGAUUCAGCAGGAGCUAACCAAAGUACGCUCCACACAUGUUUUUUUAAUAAUCAGAGUCAGAUGAAGUCUCGAUCGGAGCUCGAUAACAGCUUUUUUUUCUCUCUCUCUCUGUUUUCUGUCCAGCUGGAGGAGGAGAUCAGCACCCUGAAGCAGGUUUUGUCGUCCAAAGAGAAGCAGCACGCCGAGCUCAAACAGAAACUGGGUCUCAACCCGCUGAGCGAGCUCAAGAACAACUUCAGCAGAGGCUGGCAUGACAUGCAGACGUCCACAGCGUGAGUGUUUCAGGCGUGACAGCCAGAGAGCAGGAGGAGGAGGAGGAAGUGUGUGAACGACAGAGUUAAUGUGCUGUCCUGUUUGCUGUCAACAUCGGCGCCCUUUAGAAGUACACGAACGCACACACACGGAGAGAAGGGAGAGUCAGAGAUAUCAGAAACACAAUUAAAAAGACAUAAUCCUGCGCUCCGAGCUGCUCCGCCUGUUUGCUAUCUUUGUCGUGUUCAGGUUUAAACCUCAUUAAAACAAAACGAACGGCUACGUUAGCUUAAGGCUGUAAUUGACCUUGGCGUGACGAGGAUGAUACGGCUUUAUUUUGGGAGUCCUGUCCACGCCAAUCAAAUCCAACCUCCUUAAACAAUCACUUUUAACUAUAAUGAUAAAAACUUUAUUUGUACAGCACUUUUAACAACAGAAGUUUACAAAGUGCUUUGACAUAUACUGUAUUUUUCGCACUAUAAGGCACAGCUGAUUAUGAGGCGCACCACAUUAUAAAGUGAACCAGAUUAUAAAGCACAUUAAGCCGAACAAAACAGUCGGAUAAAUCAAACUUUAUUUAACUCAUUCAAUAACUCUGCGAGGCUACGGUAGCUGCAGUGCUCCGACAAGCCAAAAGGAUUUGAAGUGCGCCUUAUAGUGCGAAAAUUACGGUAAUCAUAGAGCACAUGGAAAAAGAAAGAUAAAAACAAAAAGCUCAGUUAAAACAGAAUUAAAGGCCAUUUUCACAAGUCAUAAGGAACCCAGACAACACAAGAACCAUGCAACAUAAAAUGAGACCAUAAGGACCAAAAUAAAAACAUAAAAUAGUUUAAAAAAAAGGAAAAUGCAAUUAAAAAGGGGGUUCAUAAGCAGAAACAGGAUAGUAAAAACAAAAGGCAACAUCAGCAAUGAUAAUAAAAUAAUAAAUAAUAUUAAUAAUAAUAGUAAUGAUAAAAUAGAGCAACAGAACUGAGCGAGAGAUAAAACAAUAAAAGGCCUAAAAGGUUAGUUAAGAAAAGAGUACAAGUUUAACAAAUGCUAAAAAGACAGUAAAGCCAAAAUAAGAUAAGAGAUGACAGAUUAAAGACGGCAUCACAUAAAAGAAAUCUGACUUUAAAGAAGCGACUGUCUCUGUUCGCCUUAUCUCCUCUUCUCCUUUUCUGUCACUUCUUUUAAAAUCUAAAACCCCUGAUUUUGGGAGUUUUUUUUAAGAAUAUAAAGAAAGAGAGAGAGAGAGAACCUCAUUUCCUCUGUAGACCAUAAACCACGAGCUCCUCCUCAGACAGAGAGGAGCAAGAGGAUCGUCUCUGGUGGCCGCCGUUCUGAUCCAAUUACACCUCGACCUCCAGAUCACUUUACACACACACACACACACACACACACACACACACACACACACGGUCGUCCUCAUCUAUAAUGAACCAAGAAUGAGAGGAACUGAGUAGAAGCUGCAGACAGUGACACAGAUAUAAAACACACAGACUCAAAUUAGUGAUGUGGAGUCAUAAUCGGACCAGAGGGUCGUUGUUUUAGACCCUCCAGAAAAACGCGAUUAUGCGAUCGCAUGAAUUCCCACAUAAAUCACCAAUCUGUCGCUGAUUAUGUGGGAAUCGAAUAUUUCCCAAAAGGCUGCAUAUUUCCCCGAAAAACAGCGCAUAAUUCCCGCAAUAAUCUCAAAUUUCCGCGGAAAAAUGCCGGUCCCGCUUAAUUUCACAAUUUCCGCAUUAAAAUGAGAAAACUAUAACCAAAGCCAUGCUUAAGUUGAUAAGAAAUGAGACAGAACCAGCACUUACUGUGAUGUGUCUUGCAUCUAUUAUGCCUGUUUAUCUUUAAAUUGCUCCUGUUUAUUCGGUAGUAACAGGACUUUACAACUUUCCGCAAUUUUCCCGCAUAAAAUGGCAUAAAAACUCUGCAUAUUUAGUCGUGGAAUCAAGGAUCUUUGCCCGUAUUUUUCUGGAGGGUCAUUGUUUCAGUGUUUUUAUUGUCCUUUCUGUCUUUGUGUCUCAGCUAUAAGAAGACGUCAGAGACUUUGUCCACAGCGGGACAGAAAACCUCGGCAGCCUUCACCACGCUGGGCAGCGCCAUCACCAGGAAGUUUGGAGACAUGAGGUACACAGAUGAGUCGUGUCUUUUACUCUCUGAAGGGAAUAAAAACCGCUCUCUGACUCUCCUUCCUCGAAGACAUCUCUCUGAAUAUCUCCUCUCUUCCGUCUCCGUCUCUCUCAUGGUCAGAUUUUUGACUCUCGCUCUCUCCAGCUCAGGGGAAGUUGGGAUUACAUAAGCCCGCAUUAAGCUGCUUUCUGCGGGAGCUGCAGGGCCCGAGGCAGAUCUUUCUCUCUCGCUCUCUGUGGAAAUGAUUGAAUCCAGCACAAAGUGUGCAGACCUGCAUGUAAAUAAAUAGUGCACUGUGUGUACCAGGACAAAAGAGAGGGAGAGUGUGUGUGUUUAUGGGUGAGAGACGGUGCAUGUUGCAGAAAGCAUGUAAACAAGAAAGACCCAAAAGUGGGAUUUUAAAGGAUCUGUAACUUUUCUAACCUUUUCCCUUCAGAAAAUAUGUCCAAAAUGAGGUUGUCUUCUGGAUGCGCUGCAGAUUUAUGUGUUUGUCGAGUGUUUAGUGCACAAAAGGAAACAUUGCAUUGUCUUUGGUCGUUGCAGCAUGGUCAGUCUAGAGUUUCUGUUCCCUCGGAGGUACGUUCCUCUGCUUUAUGGUUCACGGUGUGCAGAGGUUUUGGUUUGUGUGCAGACGGACAGCAUGCAUGUUUUGUUUUUUUUUUUGCUGUGGAUUUGUUUGGUGUUAGUGUGUGCAUGAAAAUUUACCAGAUAUACCAAAACUUUAACCUCCAAAAUAUCUGGUGUAAGAUGUACCAAAGAAUCCAUCGCCAAGAUUUAGACCGGUCUCAUCAUUUAAACAUCAUUAUGUUGUAUUUUAAAACAGUUUUAAGUCCAUGAACAAUUUAAAAGAGUGUCUGGAUUUAAGAAUCAGUGAAUAUCAUGAAAUAUGUUCAAUAACCUCCCACUAAAAUCGUAUUUAUAGUCAUUAUUUAGUCACAAUGAGCAGCUUCAUGCAUGUCUGAUGAGGGACACCUCAUGUUUCAGCCUUUUCAGACUCCUGAUACGUUUAACAACGAUGAGAUAAUAAGAAAAAACUUUACAUUCUCAUAGCAUGAUGACUUAAUUCUGGAAAUAUUAUGACUUAACUAUAACUUUAUUUUUGUUCUUUGACUUUUAAAAGUAACGGUACAGUUUGAUUUUUCUCACAACUUCACUCCGAUGAGAAAAUGACUUUUUUUACAACUUUACUCCGAUGAGAAAAUGACACAGAAAUAAAAUUAUACCUCUUGAGAAACGAUCUCUGCAGUUUAUUCUAGUUUUUUUUAAUUCCAGAUUUUGAAGGAAAAGCUUCAGGGCCUCUGUAUAAACAGGUGUUUUUUUAAUUCCUCGAACAGGAUCUGAAAAUCUCUUAAUCUUAAUCUUAAUCUUAGACCUGAUUCCAGUCAUCUAAACAAAAACCUUUUUCAGAAAAACUCUUUUCUGUUUGAGACGAGGGAAGUUUAGAAACGCUGACUCAUUUCCUCGUUCUGAGAGUGUUUCCCAUUUUUGUUGAACUCACUUUAGUUUUUGUGCUUUCUUCUCAUCAGCUGGAUACUUAAUUUUUAUCUUCAUUACCUCCUACUAUAAAGUUCCUCUGAAUGUCAGUGUAGAUUAAAGUCCUGUCUCUCUCUCUUUGUGUGUUUGUGUGAAAUGAAGUGUUUGCUUUCAUUGUACUUCCCCUAGAGAAACCUCAUUAUCACUACCUCUGUUGAACAUGUUACUUCCCCUUUAAUUCACUGAAACAUGUUUUUGUUUUUAACUUUUAAAAAGUGAUUUUAAAAUGUUUCAAUCCUUCUUCAUGCUCUCCAAAGGUCCAACUCUAUCGGGUAAGAGAAUCAUAGAAAUGUUCAGACUGUAAGAGAUCAGCUGAGAGCUCGAACCUGUCGGUCCAGUACACACACACACACACACACACACACACACACACACACACACACACACACACACACACACACACACACACACACACACGCUCGCUCAGCUGCUGGUCUCAGAUUAGGAUCUUAUCUAAUUGAUUUUUUGCGUCUGGAGAUAGAAGACGUCUCAAAGCAUCAUGGGAACAAGGUGUCAUGAACUCUUAAGAAACAGCUAACACAGACUCAGACAGAUGUUUUAUUUUUCUACAGUUUUACAUCUUUCUCUCUGUCGUCCUCUCACAGACAGCUCUUUCUUUUGUGUGUCUUCUUUGUGCUAACCAUGACCUCCUCUCUCACCACGCUCUCUCGGGGGAACAGCUACUCUAUCAGACACUCUAUGAGCAUGCCCGCCAUGAGGUAACCUCUCUCUGCUCUCUCUCUUUGCCUUUCACUGUUUGUGUCUGUGAUGAUUAAAGUGUCGGUUUUCCUCCUCUCUUCCUUGGACUUAAUGACUAAUUUUCCAAACAGCUGACAUGAUCAAUCUUUUACUCUGACACAAUACCGCAGAUGUUUUCACACUGUGCCCUCCACGUCUACUUCCUCAAAUGCACUUUUGUAAACCAAAUUAAUCCUAUUUUUAUUCAUGCACUGAUGAAAACGACUCGAAUCAAUCAUUUAUUUACUCUAUAUUAACAGUGUGAAAUUUUGCCUGUCUGACCAGAGCAGCAGAAGACAUGUUGUGAACAGAUAGAAGUUAUUAUGGGAUGUUUACACAAUGUCAGAUGCUUUAGUGACCGUUUCAUGUAAUUGGAUGUAUUGAUAGUAGAAACAGUCUGACUUCAAACACAACAAUCGCACCUGUAGCUCACCAGCUGUGUGGUCCACCUGAAUUUCCCUGACUUUUACCUGCUGUGUCCUCACAUUGAAGAGGGAAAAGGAAAAUGUUCCUGUUCGCACAUACAGCCCACUCUGAAAAUUUCUGUAAUUUUUGGAGUUUAGGACACGUGUGAAUGCAGCAACUUUAUCCCAAAACAGAUACAAGUUGUAAAUUCUGGUGCACAACUGGUGCUACAGAAGGUGGCAACAUGUUUCAGCAUGUUUAAGCUUGUUUUCAUAUUAAAAACGUAUAAAAAAUUAAAAACGUUUUUUUAAACGGAUUAAAAAAUAGUCAGCAACAGGAUUGAAAGGAUUGAACCGUGAAAAUACCGUCAUUUUUACAGCUUUGUGCUGUUUUUUCUGUGCAAUUUAGAAGUUUUAUCUUUUUUUCAUCAUUUCUUCAUUUGUCAAGGUUUUGUUUACGAUCUUGCUUCCUAGGAACAAAUCCACAGUGUGCAAACGCUUAGGCGAGUUUUAGUUGAAUUGAAGUGUUGACAUGACAGAGAAAAUCGAUCCACAGCUACAUUAUCCAGGGAUGUUAUUCCGAAUAUGAGAAGUUUGAUUUGGUGUGAUUCAGUCGGACUAUAAUCAUGUCUAUAGUUGUUCAGAGAUAACGAAUCUUUCUUUCUUCUCCUCACAGAAACUCUCCGAGCUUCAAGUCUUUUGAGGAGAAAGUGGAGAGCACAGUUUCCACCAUCAAGGUAAAAUCUGUGACGUCAGGUGGUUUGUUUAAAGUGCAUAAAAAUCAUCUGUCCCAUUUUUCUAAACUUGUUUCCAAACACAAGUAUGAGGUUAUGAAACAGACUGAAAAAACAAAUGUAAACAAGACCAUGAGCGAGGAAACUGAGGAUUCCUGCGCAGUUAUCUUGACUGCGCUGUCUGAUAAAAGUGAUUAAUGUAUGUAGCUCCUGCCACAGGGUCAGGGUUAGACAAAGCUGGUUUGACAGAGACUUUGUUUACGUUUUUCACAGCAAAGAUCGCACAGACUGAUUCUGAACUGACUGUUGAAAGAAAAGGAUUAGAUUUUUUCUUCACAAACACUUUUUGCACGGGUUCAGGACGAGAUUAGCAAAGAAAUGUAGCUCUUCUUCUUUGCAGUCAACAUCCGUCUGAAUUAUGUGGGCCCAGUGUGUCAGAAGAAGCUACUUUAGCCUGUAGAGAAGAAAGGACAGCUUUGUCCACAGGGGGUGCCAAAACUGACACAAACAAAAAGUAGCUCACAGGAGCUUUAAAGCACAAUAUUGUGUCAAGUGUGGCAAAUAUAGCGGCUCCUUGUUUUACAUUCAUUUCCAUACAUUUUUUAGAUUUGAAAAUCCUCGAUUAACACAUAUUUACUAUGUUUAGUCCCAUAUAUAUACAAAUGUAAACAUAAGUGGUUGUAAGUUUACAGAGAGGUGUGGUAGUAGAACUCGGUACGUAGUCUAAAUGAAAUCUGUGUUUCUGAUUGGCUAUCCCUGAUACUAAUGUGAAUGAAAUUAAAGCUCCUUUUAGGUAGCGUUGGGCUGGGUUCAAAGCAAUAUUUGCUUAUCUCGUCCUCUACAUGCUAACAAAGAAAACCUUGUCCUGCUGAUUUUUUGCUGUUAAAUUUAGGAUUUUUGUGAAUAUUUGAAUUGGAAAAUGUAAAAAAAGUUAAUGUCUUCACUGACACCUACCCCCUCGCAGGAGUUUCAGGCAUUAAAAUUACAGAAUUAAGUUGUUAGUCUUGUCUCUGAUGGUCUUUUUUCCUUUUCUGCAUUAUGAAAAAGCAUAGAUAUGAAUUUCAGUCUGUUUGAUAAAUGUCAAAAAACCUCUUACUGGAGCUUUAAUUUUAUUUAUCAUUUCAAUACUAUCAGAUUAUCUAUUUUGCAACACAAAUACAGACAGUAGAGAGAAAUCUUAAAUCUCAUUAAAUAAAUUUUGUCUGUUUUUCGCAGACGAAGGUUGGCGGUACAGAGACCGGAGGCAGCUUUGAGGACGUCCUCUCCUCCGCAGCGAACGCCAGCUCUCAAGAAACGCCCGCCAGCCCCGAAACAGACAGCGCCGAGAAGACGUGUUAGAGCUGCAGCUACAGCAGGAGGCAGAAUCUAAAGCAGGAACUCUGAUCGCCGCUGUAAAUGAGCACACGUCCGCACACACACACACACACACACACACUACUGAAAUGAUACUGAGUUUCUUUUACUGGAUCACUGAGAUCAGGAUGUCCUCUCUCUGCAGCUACAAACACUUUAAGGUCACCCACGCAGUUUUUACAAAUGUUACCUGUUAGGAGGGGAGACGCACUCCCGUUUAUGUCAAAAAAUAACGAAGAGUUUAGCUUUAAUUUCUCAGACACAGACUAUGAUCUUUUGCUGUCAAACUGAUGUUAAAACAUCGAGUUGUUACGGUUUUAAAACUUCACAUCAUAAUAUUCUACAAUGUUUAAACCAAAACUAACCCAGGUUUUCUUUGCUGAGGACAAACUACUUUUAAAGCUCCUAUGAGGAGUUUUUCGACAUGUAUGAUAUAGACCAAAAUUUAUCUUGAUGCCUUUUAAUGAUGUAUGAAAUCAAACAAGAUCAUCAGCGACAAGAUUUAACAUUUUUAUAUCUUUAUUUUUAUUGUCCAAGCCCAGCAGCUGAGGAAACAGUCCUGUUUUUCUCCUCUUAAGAUAUUCAGAAUAAACAUAACAAUUGACUCUCAUGUGGACAAGACAAGCAAAGACUGCUUUGUCCACAGGGGGCGCCAAAGUUGACACAAACCAAAAGCUCCUCACUGGAGCUUUAACUGAAGUAUCUAAAGAAGUGCUUUUAACUCGAGCUGAAAUUACGGGUUUACCUGUAAACUUUUGAAAUCAGACUUUUUAUCAUAUUUUAUUAAGACACACUAUGCAAGUUUAGACCUUUGGGAUUUCUGGGCGAGGUCCUCGUGAAUGCUGGAUCACACUCACAGUGACACUGAGGGUGGUGUAUUAACAUGACAAGAUAAUUAAACCUACAUAAAGGAAGAAAACACUGUUUUUACUGGAGGUGUAAAUGGGGUUCAGUGGAGUUAAUUUCUCACAUUUGUCGCUGAAGCGGUCCACCCUCAGAAUCACUGACAUAAAAAGAAAUCAAAAUAACUUCAUCAUGUUUGUGUCGCCUCCUCUAAAAACUUGUCAUUUAACUGGUAAAAGUAUACUUUGGUGUAUUUGUGUGUUUCAUGUGAAUACUGUAGUACAACUUCAUACUGCAGCUGAGGAAACAAUCCUUCAAUGUGACCCUGAAAUCCCGGCUCAGGUCGGAUUAAUGACUUCGUUUUGCUGAACUAACGCUGAGCAGAAAGGACGGGAUUAGUUUUUAUUUCAUCUCUGUGAAAAAAAAAAAAGGUUAGUGCCACUCUGUGCUUAAAAAAAAGUAUAUUUGCAUGUUGUCUUUGUAACUUUGAAAAGCACCAAAGCACCGUUUUCAAACUUUAGUUGUAUUCAUGUUUGACUUUCUACUUUUCUGUCUUUGUCUGUAUCAAAGUUUUUAUUUUCUUGGCUGUGCUCGGAGUAAAAAGUCCCGCAUCAUUUCAUUUAUUCUGUCGUCUAUUCACAAAUAUGUAUUUAUUGAGAUUUAACUCUAGAUUAGACUAAACUUUUUACCAAACAUCCAGAACUGUAACUGUUACAUUAAAAUAUAAAAAAGUCUGUGUUUAAAAUCUUUAUUUGAAUAAUGAAUCACAUACAGUAAUAAAUAACUGUAUUUAUGACUGAUGUGGAUAUUAAAGAUUGUUUUAAUCAAACCGAACAUGACAGACGGCUGAUUCUACACAAAAACACUCAGAACAACAAAAACAGUGUUUGUGUUAACUUGAAAUACAACUAAAACCGACUGCUGUGGUCGUGUUUUUCAGUUAUGUGGGGGAUUUAAAUCUCCAUGUUCUUGUCUAUGGUUUAAAGGGAUAUUCCGGCGUAAAAUUAAGUGAUGGUCAAACACGCUAUAGC